AUGAAACGUAAGAAACAAAAAUCAUCUCUCAUCAGAAUUCCUCGUAAAAGCGUUCCAUUAGAAGAUCAACAACCUUCUGUUAUUGUGGAAACACCUAUUCUUGUGGAAAUUGAACGAUUAAACUAUGACAUGAAACUUCUUCAACGAUUCUAUGAACAACAAAGACAUGGAGAAUUGUGUAAAUCAGCAAGAGAAAUCCUCAACAAGAAACUUCAUCCUGAUUUCUGCAAAUUUGGACAUUUUCUUGGACUUGGAUCAUGCCUUCCAGAUGGAAAAAAUUUUCUGGUACAAUUCAAACAUGUCUUUAUUAUUUCUUCAACAAGAGCAAACUUCUCAAUUGGCUUGGCGUUGAUGCCAAUCCUCCCUCAAUAA